AACCUAUCUUUCCAUCACGGACACGAUUCGUGUGCACGUGAUAGUUUGAGGUUUAUCUUAUUAGUCUCGUAAGAUAUUUAUACUCAUUGUAAAUAAGUGUUACAAAUUAGUGUAAGGAACUUGAAAAAAUGGCGAAAUUUUGUUUAAAAAAACAAAGCAAACGAAUGCCAGCGCGGAAGAGGUAUAAAAUAGAAAAAAAAGUUCGUGAACACAAUCGAAAAGUGAGGAAAGAAGCUAAAAAGCAUCCUAAAAAGAAACCAAAGCUGAUACAGGUUCCAAAUCAAUGUCCUUUCAAAGAAGACAUACUGAAGGAAGUGGAGGCCAUGAAAAAGCAACACGAAGAAGAGAAAGAAAAGCUGCGCGAAGCUGCACGCGAAAAAAAGCGAGAGCAACUCGCCAAAUCAGGUUUGCAAGGAUUAGUUUCCAUGGCAGAACAUAAACAAGCAGAACGAACAGAAAUGGAAGUAGAUACCGUACACGAAAAAAUAAAGACAGCCGUGUCCAAGGAAGAAAAUUCUCUAAAAGCAUACUAUAAAGAGUUCAAAAAGGUUUUAGAUGCAGCAGAUGUUAUCUUAGAGGUUGUAGAUGCUAGAGAUCCUUUAGGAACUAGAUGUAAACAGGUUGAGGAGGCAGUGCAAUCUGCUAAAGGAAAUAAACGAUUAGUAAUUGUUUUGAAUAAAGCUGACUUAGUACCUAGAGAAAACUUAGAUCAAUGGUUAAAGUAUUUACGCGGUAGUUUACCAGCUGUUGCAUUUAAAGCAUCUACUCAAGUUCAGUCAAAAAGAUUAGGCAGGAGAAAAUUAGGAAGGAAAACAGAGAGUAUGAUACAAGGUAGCACUUGCUUUGGUGCAGAAUUACUUUUGUCGUUGCUCGCGAAUUAUUGCAGAAAUGCUGGAAACGUUAAAACCAGUAUUAGAGUAGGAGUCGUCGGACUUCCUAAUGUUGGUAAAUCUAGCGUAAUUAAUUCUUUGAAGCGCAGCCGAGCUUGUAACGUCGGAAACACCCCAGGAGUUACAAAAGCCAUGCAGGCAGUACAAUUAGAUUCAAAAAUAAAGUUAUUAGACUCUCCAGGAAUUGUCUUCGCUAAUCACUCUCCAGGAGAGAAAUCGGACGAUUCGUCCGUAGCCCUGAAAAACGCGGUAAAAAUACAGUCUUUAAAAGAUCCGUAUACACCGGCAACUGCAAUUUUGAAAAGAGUUUCCAAGCCACAAAUAAUGGAAUUGUAUGACGUGCAAGAGUUUUCGACGCCUGACGAGUUUUUUGCUUUGAAAGCUGCUAGAAUGGGAAAGUUUAAGAAAGGCGGUAUCCCUGAUACAGUAGCGGCAGCUCGUAGCGUCCUCGAAGACUGGAAUUCCGGAAAGAUCAGAUACUAUACUGUGCCACCAGAACAACCGAUUUGUCACAUAUCCGCGGAAAUUGUUAGUCAAAUAAAUAAAGAAUUCGACAUCGAAAGUUUUGCCGCGGAAGAAAAAAUGAUGCUCGAUACCUUCGAAGAAGAAUCUGCGAAAAAGCCGACUGUUAAUUCCUUGUUGAUCGAAAGUACCGGUCCAGUCACGUCCGCAAUGGAAAUCGAGACGCAGAAGGAAGCACAAGUUAAAAUACAACAAAAGAUGAAAAAAAUGGAAAAUAAAAAAAAGAAUACAAAUGAAACGAGAAAGAAAAAGACCGACCCGCUUUCCGAAAUCGAAGGUAACCAGAAAUUAAACAAAAUGAAGAAGCUACAAUUUAAAAAAGACAAAAAAGAUCGCGCAAGAAGAGAAAAGGUAGCUGUUAAUUUAGCUGGUCAGCUCAACGAGUUUAGUAUUUCAACCUCUGAUGACUACGAUUUUAAUACAGAUUUCGUUGAAAAAUAAAAUGAAUGUAAAAAUAUUCACUUGUUAAAAAUAAAAUGUUUAAAACGAUUGAAGUCAACCUACCCCUCUAUGAAUUACGUUUGUAUGUAUAAUGUGAAUAAAAGAUAACGAUGUGAAUUAAUAAACAAACAU